CGGCCUGGUCUCCGGACAGUCGUAGGUGCCCCGGGAGGACCGACCCAGGCCGGCAGGCAGUGCAGCGGGCUCCAAGAGCGCCCCACCGCCGCAGGCUCCCUGGCGCUGACAGGUGGGCUGAGGCCGGGGCUGGUCCGUCGGUUCCCCCCACCCGCCAGUGGUUCGCUCCGAACACCCCUCCGCGGGCGGCAGGUACCGUGGCCCGCCCCGCUUCCGGUUGUUGCCGGGCCCUAUAUCCGGUGUCCGCCCGCCCUCGGCUCCGCCGCCGCCGCGAUGCUGUCCCGGUCACGCUGCGUGUCUCGGGCGUUCAGCCGCUCGUUGUCUGCUUUUCAGAAGGGGAACUGCCCUCUAGGGAGACGUUCCCUGCCUGGGGUCUCCUUAUGUCAGGGACCAGGUUACCCUGACAGCAGGAAGAUUGUUAUUAACAACAGUAGUGUCUUCAGUGUUCGCUUCUUCAGAACUACAGCUGUGUGCAAGGAUGAUGUGAUUACAGUCAAAACCCCAGCGUUUGCAGAAUCUGUCACAGAGGGAGAUGUUAGGUGGGAGAAAGCUGUUGGAGACACUGUUGCAGAAGAUGAAGUGGUUUGUGAGAUUGAAACUGACAAGACAUCUGUGCAGGUCCCAUCACCAGCAAAUGGCGUGAUUGAAGCGCUUUUGGUACCUGAUGGGGGAAAAGUAGAAGGAGGCACUCCUCUUUUCACGCUCAGGAAAACUGGCGCUGCUCCUGCUAAGGCCAAGCCACCAGAAGCUCCUGCUGCUGCAGCCCCAAAAGCAGAGCCUACAGCAUCGGCAGUUCCUCCUCCCCCUGCAACAUCCAUACCCACUCAGAUGCCACCAGUGCCCUCACCCUCACAACCUCUCGCUAGCAAACCGGUGUCUGCAGUAAAACCCACUGCUGCCCCUCCAGUAGCUGAGCCAGGAGCUGGCAGAGGUCUGCGUUCAGAACAUCGGGAGAAAAUGAAUAGGAUGCGGCAGCGCAUUGCUCAGCGUCUGAAGGAGGCCCAGAAUACGUGUGCGAUGCUGACUACGUUCAAUGAGAUCGACAUGAGUAACAUCCAGGAGAUGAGGGCUCGGCACAAAGAUGCUUUUCUGAAGAAACAUAACCUCAAACUAGGCUUCAUGUCGGCAUUUGUGAAGGCCUCAGCCUUUGCCUUGCAGGAGCAGCCUGUUGUAAAUGCAGUGAUUGACGACGCAGCCAAAGAGGUGGUGUAUAGGGAUUAUAUUGACAUCAGUGUUGCGGUAGCCACUCCACGGGGUCUGGUGGUUCCCGUCAUCAGGAACGUGGAAGCUAUGAAUUAUGCAGAUAUUGAGCGAGCCAUCAGUGAACUGGGAGAGAAGGCUCGAAAGAAUGAACUUGCUAUUGAAGAUAUGGAUGGUGGUACUUUCACCAUUAGCAACGGAGGUGUUUUCGGCUCGCUCUUCGGAACGCCCAUCAUCAACCCCCCUCAGUCGGCCAUCCUGGGCAUGCAUGGCAUCUUUGAUAGGCCAGUGGCUGUGGGAGGCAAGGUGGAGGUGCGGCCCAUGAUGUAUGUGGCACUGACCUAUGAUCAUCGGCUGAUCGAUGGCAGAGAGGCAGUAACUUUUCUCCGCAAAAUCAAGGCAGCGGUAGAAGAUCCCAGAGUCCUCCUCCUGGACCUUUAGGAGGAAGCCACGUACCCUACGCACCAACCAUGCAGGAACUGAAAACCAGUCUUCUCCCUGUCCCCUCACGGGUCCCAGGUUGGCCUGGCGUCAGGCACAUGUUGUUGGCCUCAAGCAAGGAAACCAGGGCACUAUGUAACCAGCAGCCACAGGUCUCUUCUUGGUAUUCUGCCAGGCUCUCCCCUUCUGUGCACCCUUCUCUUACACUCGAAUAUCUUCUUUAGGCUUGAGGGAGAGAGCGCCUUAAUGGAUGCUCAUUAAUAUUUCCUGCCUUUCUCCCAUUAGUCUUGUGCAGAGAUGAUUUUGCUUCUCCCCUGUGCCAGUGUACUACAAUAGGGAAACCACUGGGGACCAUGUGAUCAAGUUUGUAUCUUUUGAAAGUCUGUUCUGGGCUAGGAGGGGAUGGUGUC